AAAAUGGCUGUGGUGACACUCGAGCAGUUUGAUGCUCUCCAAAUCCUGCUCAAGGCCUCCUCGAAAGAUGUUGUUAGACAGCUGUGUCAGGAGAGCUUUUCCAGUUCAUCCGUUGGCUCGAAAAAUCUCUUGGAUGUUACAUGUUCCAGCUUGUCUGUGACCCCGGAGGAGGCGGAUCAACUGCUCCGGGCUCUGCACUGCCUCACAAGGAUGGUGGUAUUCCGGGACCUGUCUUCCGCCGAGGCAAUUCUGGCUCUCUUUCCUGAAAACUUCCACCCAAACCUCAAAAACCUGCUGACAAAAAUCAUCCUAGAACACAUAUCUACGUGGAGAACAGAAGCCCAGGCCAAUCAGAUCUCUCUGCCGCGGCUGGUCGACCUGGAUUGGAGAGUCGAUAUCAAAACCGCCUCAGACAGCAUCAAUCGGAUGGCGGUGCCCACCUGCCUGCUCCAGAUGAAGAUCCAGGGUGACCCUAGCCUGUGUGGGGACAAACCCUCCGUCUCUGCUGUCACCAUGGAGCUAAGCAAAGAAAUGUUGGACACAAUGUUAGACGGGCUGGGCCGCAUCCGAGACCAGCUUUCUGCCGUGGCCAACAAGUGA